GCCUCCGUGCCUGAAGUGUGCGACGCUGCGGACCCCACAGGUGCCAGCAGCUGGCUUGGUGCUCCUCUCGGCUGCCAACCAUGGCCCCGGGGCUGCCCAGCACUGCCAGUGUGGCGCGCUUUUGCCAGAAGCUGAACCGGCUGAAGACACUGGAGGAGCCCACCACAGAGACGUCGCUGCGGCGCCACCUGACCACGCUGGACCUGAUCCUGCUGGGUGUGGGUGCUACGGUGGGCUUGGGCCUGUACAUGCUCACUGGCACCGUGGCCAAGGAGAUGGCCGGCCCGGCAGUGCUCGUGUCCUUUGGCGUGGCUGCCAUAGCCUCCUUGCUGGCAGCCCUAUGCUACGCAGAGUUGGCAGCACGUGUGCCACGCAAGGGCUCUUCCUACCUGUUCACCUAUGUGUUCAUGGGUGAGCUGUGGGCCUUCCUCGUUGGCUGGAUACUGCUCAUCCAGUGUAUCGUUGGGGCCGCUGCCAUGGCCCGCUUCUGGAGCAGCUACCUAGAUGCCAUCUUCAGCCGCAGCAUCAGCAGCUUCACCAAGGCCCAUGUGGGCACCUGGCAGGUGCCCUACCUGGCCCAGUACCCAGACUUCCUGGCUGCUGGCAUCCUGCUUUUGGCCUCUGCAUUUGUGUCCUGUGGAGGUCGUGUCUCUUCCUGGCUCAGCCACACCUUCCUUGCUAUCAGCCUGGCCAUCAUCCUCUUCAUCAUCAUCCUGGGGUUUGUCCUGGCCCACCCGCACAACUGGAGCGCUGAGGAGGGCGGCUUUGCACCCUUUGGUUUCUCUGGCAUCAUGGCUGGCGCCGCCACCUGCAUCUAUGGCUUUGUGGGCUUUGUUGCUGUUGCUGUCUCUAGCGAGGAGGCCCGGAACCCAAAGCGAUCUGUGCCUAUGGCCCUCGCCAUCUCGGUUACCCUGGUGGCUGCUGCCAACAUCCUUGCCUCAACUGUGCUCACCCUCAUGGUGCCCUGGCACAGCCUGGACCCUGACUGGGCACUUCCUGAUGCCUUCCACCAGCGGGGCUAUAGCUGGGCAGCCUUCAUUGUGGUGGCUGGUGCAAUCUGCGCCAUGAACACUGUCCUGCUCAGGUACAUCUUUUUCUUGCCACAUAUCAUCUCUGCCAUGGCUGCCGAUGGGCUCUUCUUCCAGGUGUUUGCCCAUGUGUACUCCCGGAUGCAGGUGCCCGUGGUGGGCAUCCUGGUGUUCGGGUUCCUCAUGGCUUUCCUGGCUCUGCUGGUCGAACUUGAGGCACUAGUGCAGUUCCGCUGCAUCUGUGCACUGCUGACCUACACCUUCGUGGCCACCAGCAUUAUCAUGCUACGCUUCCGAAAGUCCCUGCCAUCCAGUUCUCAGGACCCAGGCAGCCCUCUGGGCACCGAGCAGACCUCAGCCCCUGAGCCCGGGCAGCUGCGACCAGCCCUGAGGCCCUACCUCCGCUUUCUGGAUGGGUGCAGGCCUGGAGCCGCUGUGGCUUGGGCCCUCGGUGUCCUGGUGUCCUCGGCCAUCACCCUGGACUGCGUGCUGGUCUUUGGGGACUCGGUCCUGCACCUCCCGCCCUGGGGCUACACCCUGCUGCUCCUGCUCAGCUCCGCCACGUUUCUGCUCAGUCUCCUCGUCCUGGGGGCCCACCAGCAGCAGCACCGCCAGGACACCUUUCAGGUUCCCAUGGUGCCCCUGACUCCCGCCCUGAGCAUCCUCCUCAACAUCUUCCUCAUGCUGCAGCUGAGCUACGUGGCCUGGCUGAGCUUCUCCAUCUGGCUGCUGAUUGGCUUUUGUCGCCCCUACAGGAAUCACGGUGUAUUUUGGCUACGGCAUCAGGCAGAGCAAGGAGAACCAGCGGGCACGGCUAGGGUUGACGGCCACACGUGGCAACCUGGAAGAGAUGGUGCCAGCCGCGCAAACCCCCAGCCAGGCACCGGCCCAGGAGCCCGGCUCCAUGGAGCAGCCUGCCAGUCCAUGAGGACCACGGGGGGCCUGCUUACUGUCCCCCACAUUCUUUGGAGGCCGGAGGGGCUGGCAGCCCCUCUAUCCGGGGCAGCUCAGGUGUGUAGGUCUUCCCAUGCCUGGGGGUCCCUCAGGACCUCAGCCCAGGUGCUGAGCUUCGAGUCUUUGGGAGUGGGCCAUGGCCAGCGCUGGUGUGGUGGACUGUGCCCAGUGCCAUCCAGUGUAUGACCAAGUCCAGCUACCCGGGCAGGUGGAGUAGUGCGGGCAGGGAAGAAGCUUGAGUCCCGAGGACCCACAGUAAUAACUGCUUGGCUCACAGUGUGGCCUACUGUGGUGUUCUUUGUGGCACUGUCCUCAUCUGUUCCAGGGACCAAAUGCUUGUCCCCAGAAAACAACAUUGAUGCUGAGGUUCUAGAAGUGGGUGGCCCCAGCCCUGAGUCAGGGUCACGGCCUAGCCUGGGUCCUGGAGUCCUGCACUCAGGCAAGUGCGCUCUGCCCAGCUCAGAGGGGAGCUACACAUACCAGGCACAGAGGGGUCCAUAAAGGAUGAGGCCAGGCACCUCCCAGCCUCCCCACAUGUCCCCUCAGGGGCAGAUCGAGAGAAAAGAGCCUGGACCCCAUUGAGGCAGCCUGGAAAGGGCGGUGGAGUUCUGGGGAUCCCUUGGUUUCCCAGUGCUCUCAGAGAGCAGGGCAUGUCCUGAGGCCUGCCCCAGAUGGAGAGGCCCCCCUGCCCAGUCACAUGUGUCUGUCAGGCACAGGCUCACAUGUCGCACACGGUCCCCAGGCCGUGCACACACAGUCCCCUGGCCGUGCACCCACGUGCAGACUGAGGCAGCAGCUCUUUCCCAGCCCAGGGCUGCUCACAGCUUCCAGCUGCUUCUCUCACUGCCGCCCCCUCAGGGCUUUGUGACAAAGGCUCAGGGUGGGACAGGUGCGUGCACAAGCACCUGGGCCUACUCCAGGGACCUUCAGCCCACCUCUGAUGGUGGGACCCCAUCUUGGGGGUCCCUAGGCCUACCCUGCACACCGCGGUCUCCCCAAGGCUGUGCUCUGUCUAUCAUAGACACCACCACUUCCCCGUUCUUGCCUGUGAGGACCACACAGGAAGCCACUGGCUUUGGCAUCUUUAUUCCUCAACUCUCUGCAGCCUUAACAUCACUUUCUCUGGGCCCCAAGGACACAAGGACACGCGACCCCGCUCCAAUAACCAGGCCUCAGGGCCGUGAUCUCUCACCCUGGCCCUUCUGAACCCGCCUCCCAUGGACACUGUCCUGGGGGUGAGAGGCAGCAGGGACCUCAAGGCUUUGCUGAGGCUCCAGAUGCCAGAUGAUUCCAGAUGCUGCCCAGCCUGAGCCCCAGGCCUCCCCUCCCUAGCUUGGCCCAUGUCAUUCCACGAGCAAGCUGCCAGCAUGGCCCUGCUCACCAGGGACCCAUGAGAAGGCAGCCCCUUGUCUCCCUGGAGUAGGUACCCCAAAUCUUUACCCUGCCUGGGACCCAGAGAGGGCUUGGCUCCUGCAGCCCCAUCCCUCCCCUCCUGAGCGUGGGCCCAGGACAUGGGAAAAUUCUCCAGCAGGCAGGAUUCAGGCCCCAGGAGGAUUCCAAACCCUGAACCAGGCCAGCCUGCUGGGGCCUCCUUGUCCUCUGUUAGGGACAUUCUCUCCAGCCCCUGGUCUCCACCUGGGGUCUUGGUCAAAGCAUGGUCCUCAUGCAUUUGCCUCUGGUGUGGUGUGCAGCUGCCCAGACAAGUUCUUGGGUGUGACCUUGGGCAGCAGUGACAUAUGUGUCCAGAUGUACAGCCUCCCCACCGCAUGGCUCCCAGGAGCCCAGUGAGCAGGUUGCAGGGUGUUGUGCUGGGGGUACUAAAGAGACAUAUAGAAGGCCCCAAAGGACCCCAUGCCCACCAACAACCCCUCUACCCACCUCUCCAUCCCAGCCCUCCACAGCCCAAGGGCUGCCACAAGGAAGGGGUUGGUGCUCAUCAGCUGAGAAGGUAUGGGCCCAAGGGGGUCCUGUGCCCUUGCCUGGGGUCCUAGAGAGUCGGACCAUCUGCCGACUACAGUCCUCAUUCCGUGGAUGAGGCCCAGAGCUGGGAGGAGCCCUGCCCUAGGAACCCAGUACAGAGCAGCUGUGACAUCUCUUGUCAGGCUGCCUUCUCCCUUGCCUGGGACUCUGGCUGUGCCGAGCCCAGUGUGGGACAGCUGAGAGGGCAGGGUCUCUCCCUGUGUUGGGGCUGCCGGCAGGAGGAGGAGGGCUGGGAGCCAGGCAGGGCCAGAGGCUACCCUGCCAGUGUGGUGGACAGCUGGAGAGCAGGGAGCUGCUGGGAACACUGGAGAUGGAGCCUGGGAGAGCGUCUCCAGCCCCAGCCCAAGCCGGAGCCCCACUGGACCAGGGCCCUGCUCUGUGGUCCCCAAGCAGCACCUGCCGAGGCAGGCGGGGGAGGGACAGUCUGCCUUGUAGCCAAAUGGUGGAAUAUUCCUCCCACCCACUGCCCUGGUCCUGCAAGGGCUUCAUGCCUGAGUCCCCUAGGUUGUGCUCCCACCAUUUUCUGUUCCCAGCCCGAAAUAGCAGAGAAAGGCUGUGGGCCUCAGGAAUGAGCCAGCGAGUGGUGUAAGGGCCACUCUGGUAACAGUGUCCAGCUCCCAGCAGUAGCAGUGGGGUCCAGUGCGGGGCCCCCUUUAAGGCACCCAGGCAGCCAGAUGUGGGGGUGGGGAAGCUGCCUUUCUGCUCAGGGCUGGCAGUUCCCUUCGGGGCCUUUACCUGCAGAUGAGGACAGCAGGGCGGGGCUUCAGCCACCAUCCUCCAAAGUAUAGACUAGUGUCCAGGCAGGCCCGCAGCCCCCUCCUCAUGCUUGGUCCUCAUAGAAAUGGGCUUCUCCAUCCACGCACAACAGCAGCAGGUCACAAAGGAGGUGAUCUGGGAGAGGCAGGGCAGACCCAUGGCCUGGCCCCCAACCUACCAUCCCGUUGCCUCCCAAGCCCUCACCCCAAGACUCACUGUCACCCCAGGGAUUGCAGGGGUCGGGGGGCAUGUGCUUACCAGCAGCCAAGGGGAGCCAUGUUGGCCAGACUCACCACACGCAGCUGAGCGGCUCCAGUGCACAGAGUGAUGGUUGUGGGGAUGAGCCCAAACUUCCCUGCCUGGGAGAGACCUGAGCUGAGUCUCUGCCUGUGGCUGUCACACCCUCCCGCUGUCCAACCCCACCCGGCCCAGACUGGCCCCUACCUGCCCAGUGACGAGGAUGUGGAAGCAGAUCCUGUAGAGCUGAGCAGGCUCCGGGCCUCCACACCUGAGGCCUCCACGCCUGAGGCUUCCCCGCAGUGAGCGGCUGUCCUGGGGCAGGAGAGAGUCUAGUGUCUGCUCUGCCCACUCCUGGGUGGCCUGGCCCUUACAGGCCUCUGCCUUAGUCAUCCAUUGACUCCACUCCCAGCCUGAGUCAUGGGUCUGAGCCUUUUGUCAUUGCUGGGGACAUAGGGGACAAUGAAGGUGAACCUGCCUUUGAGAAGCUCUCUGCUGAGUUGAGGGCGGAAAGGUCCCUAAAGAGACACUGGAAGUGGGGUUGGGGGAGGUGGGGCAGGCCUGGGGCUGUGAGCCGGGGAAGACUUCCUGCCGGGAGCCCCUCACACUGGAUUCCCAGGGCUCAGGAAGGGGCUCCAGGCAGAGAUGGAGGGCGGGGAGAGCACAGAGGGGAGGGGAGCAGGGCAUGGGCAGGUCCAGCCCCACAGGGUUGGGGAGGCCAGCAAAGCCAGGCUAGGCAGAGCUCAGAGGGAAGUGUCAUGGGCGUCACCUCCAGGCCUGAUGGCUGUGUGCACAUAUGUGUGAGGGUGACGAGGUGACUUGAGGAAGUAGAAGGAUGGGGGUUCUGCUUGGGAGACUCAGAGACAUGACAAUACAUGCAGUGCAAGGUCCUUGAGUACAUCCUGGAUCAGAAAAUAAAAUUUAGAACUAUUAUUGUCACAGCUGGGGAAAUUUAAAUAUUAGACUUCUUCUGCCAACGUUAAAUUUCCUGAGUGUGACAAGAGGACGGUGGUCACCUGGGGAAGGUCCUGUUUCUCAGGACAGCAUUGAGAGGGGUGAAUCUCCAGAUAUCUGCCACUUGCUUUCCAGUGGUUUCCUGUGAAAUCUAAAUAGAUCUGGCUCAUUCUGGUGAAACCGGCAAAGAGGCGUUGAUCAUUAAGUAGCUAGGAACCAAAGGCGGGUUUUUUGUUUGUUUUUUUCUACUUU